ACAUAACGAUUGACAAUUGACGGCAAAAAGAUUAUUGCAUAAAAAUGGCGUCAACUAAUGAGGAAGAAAUCGUUUCACAAGAACUUCAAGGGCGUCGUACUCGUUCCGGUCGUAAAUUGACAAGCUCUCAAAUAUGUCCUGUUACCCCCUCAAGAUCAUCAAGACGUAACGCUAGAAAACAGGCGCAAGAACAGUUAAUCGAACACACCGUGGAAGAGAAUAACAGCAUACACACUCUUCAGGAAGAACAGCAACAGGAAGAGAACUCUGCUAUUAUUCAAGAGAUGUUGGCUGAAGCGGCUCAAGGUGUUCUUAUGGACCCUGAGAAUCAAUGCCAUGUAGCUGAAAUAUUGGAAGAAGAAGUGGUAGAAGAAAUUGUGACCACUGUUGAGGGAGAAGAAUGCAUAAUUUAUGAAGAUCCCGAGCAGAUACCACGUGAAGAAAUGGAUAUGUACGAAGUGGUUCAAGAAGAAAAUCCAGUCGUUAGCUCGGAAACAGCCAUAGAUGAAAAAAGUUCUUCAUUUCCUUUCGGUACGGUGUGCGCACAAUCGGAAACCUCAGAAGAUGCUGGCGAUCAUCAUGCGAAUCUUGACAACAAUGGCGGAGUAGAAAAUUCUUUGCUGGCUUCGCUGGCUGGAGAUAACGCGAACAGUUUACCUUCGGUGGGCGGAGGUGAAUCUGAAACCGAUGGCAGCAAACGAGAAGAAUUUGAGCAAAGCAAAGUUAUAGAAAAUUGUGAAAAAAUGGAAUCAGAUGAUUCCUUGUCAGAGCCGGCUAUCGCUGAGGAGCUCAAUGCCGGGAUGGACGGAAGUGAUGCCACAAUUGUCAACACGGAAAUGGUGUCCGAAGACGAACUUCCGUUACCUACCAAACCGGAAAUAAAUGACGCUGAAGAAGUCUCAGAUGAAGAAUUGCCAGCGCCUCAGCGAGCUGAGCUUCCAGCCGAUGCUGAAGUAAUAUCGGAAGACGAAUUACCCGCAUCUACAAAUAUGGGUGAUAAGCAUAGCCCAUCACCGUCUCAGAGUGAUGAAAGUGGUAUCACACGUAAGAAACGUAAAGCUGACGAUAUUAAUGAGACAAUAUCAAUAAAAAUUGAGAAAGAUGAGACAAGCAAAAAAAAGGACGAACAAUAUAAUCCCAUGAGUCCUACAUGUGAAAGCAAUGAUUCUCCACCAGUCGAAAAAAAAGCUAAAUUUGAGGAAAACAUAGACAACAAAGAUAAAGACAAACGCAAGGAUAAAGAAAAGGAGCGUGAUAAGGAGAAAGAUGGGGUAAAAGAAAAAGAUAAGGAGCGCGAUAAAGAUAAAGAAAAGGAAAGAAAGAAAUUGCCUGACUUAGAUAAGUACUGGAGGGCAGUUAAAGACGAUCCGGCCGAUUUUACCGGUUGGACUUACUUGUUACAAUAUGUAGAUAACGAGUCGGAUGCCGAGGCGGCUCGUGAAGCCUAUGACGCUUUUCUUGCGCAUUAUCCUUAUUGUUAUGGUUAUUGGCGUAAAUAUGCCGAUUAUGAGAAGCGCAAGGGUAUUAAAGUCAACUGCAACGCGGUGUUUGAACGUGGCUUAGAAGCUAUACCCCUAUCGGUGGACUUGUGGAUACAUUAUUUAACACAUGUGAAAAGUAAUCAUGCCGAUCAAGAGGAUUAUAUACGUUCGCAAUUUGAACGUGCCGUCGAGGCGUGUGGUUUGGAAUUUCGUUCAGAUAAGCUCUGGGAUGCCUAUCUAAAAUGGGAAAAUGAGAAUAAAUGCUAUCAGCGUAUGGUCAAAAUAUAUGAUCGUUUAUUAGCCAUUCCAACCCAAGGUUACAGUGGUCACUUCGAUAACUUUCAAGAUUUGAUUAAUCAACAUUCAAUAAUUAAUAUAAUUUCUCCGGAGGAAAUAAAACGUAUCAGACAAGAGUUGAGAGAUGGAAAAUUGCCGACUUCUAAUCGUUUAAAGUCUCGUCGUGCAAGUUCUAAAGAAAAAGAAUCUGAGCAUAGAGAAAAAGACAAAUUAAAAGACGAAGAAGUCGGAGACAACAAGGAAAAAGAUAAAGAUUGUAAGAGUAUCAGAGAAGCCGGGCCGAUUGAUGUCGACGAAAAACUUCAAAGGCCUGGCGAUGAUCUUACUGAUUUGAGUACACUAAGCGAAGACGAGGUAUCCUCCAUCAAGGACAAAAUUGUAUCAAUACGACGUAAAUUACACAAAUCAACGGUAGCCGCUGUUACAGCUCGUUGGUCUUAUGAAGAGGGUAUCAAGCGGCCUUAUUUCCAUGUUAAACCUUUGGAACGUUGUCAGUUAAAAAAUUGGAAAGACUAUUUAGAUUUUGAAAUUGAGAAAGGUGAUCGAAAAAGGGUUUUGGUAUUAUUUGAACGUUGCCUCAUAGCCUGCGCCCUGUACGAUGAGUUUUGGUUAAAGAUGAUUCGUUACCUGGAGACGCAACAUGAUCAAACCGAUAAUGCUGCCAUUACACGAGACGUAUAUCGUCGCGCCUGCGAAAUACAUCAUCCCGAUAAACCUAGUUUGCAUUUGAUGUGGGCCGCCUUCGAAGAAUGUCAAAACAAUUUCGAUAAAGCUGCCGAAAUACUAAUUAAUCUGGAGAAAAGAGUGCCCAAUCUAUUACAAGUCGCCUAUAGGCGUAUCAAUGUUGAACGCCGUCGUGGCGAUCAUGAUAAAUGUAAGGAGCUUUACGAACACUACAUUAAUGCAGCCAAAAAUAAGAAUAUUGCAGGCAGUUUGGCCAUUAAAUAUGCGCGUUUCUUGAAUAAGAUUUGCAAUGAUUUGGAGGGCGGGUUACGCGUAUUGAGGCAAGCUUUGGAGAAAGAUUCAGCCAAUACGCGGGUAGCUUUGCAAAUGAUCGAUUUAGCUUUGCAAAGGCAGCGAGUAGAUGAGGACGAGGUAGUUUUGAUUAUGGACAAAUUUAUGGCCCGUGAAAAUAUUGAUCCCGAACAAAAAGUGCUGUUUGCUCAACGUAAAGUGGAAUUUUUAGAGGAUUUUGGCAGUACUGCUAGAGGCCUUCAAGAUGCCCAGAGGUCCUUACAAUUAGCCUUAAAUAAAGCCAACGAAGCUAAAAAGAAACGCGAUUCUAGUCCCAGCCGCAAACCUGCGAAAGACGUUAGUUCAAUUUCAACUUCAAAUCCAGUUAACUACAAUAAUGGUUCCGUGCAGAAUACUGCAAAUUACAAUUACAAUUCGGGUAAUUCCACAGCUUAUUACGGGCAACAGAAUAAUAGCGGUUCUUAUCCUCCACCUCAGUCCUAUGACAACUAUUAUAAUCACUGGCAAUAUGGCUCUGGGUAUAGUGGUUACGGUCAAUGGAGUGGCUACGGUAAUUAUUAUUGAAAAUGUGGCCCCAUGGGGGAAAAUACAAAUUCUUCACUUCAUAAUUGGUUUAAGUUUUGCGAUUCCCAACACGAUAAUUAUAUACAAUAAUUAUAAUUAUAAUUAAUAAUUUUUUUCUAGUUUAAGUUUUCUUUUUCUUUCUUUUUUUUUUUUCUCUCUCUUUUUCAUCGUCGACCAAGAAAAUACACUCAAAUAUACAUAUGUACCUGUAGUAGGUACUACGUAUAUUGUGUGUAUCCUAAUAUAACAGAAAAGGAAUUCAUUUACAUAUUUAAGUCGUUUUUGUUCUUGUUCUUCUUAAACAAUUUUUGAAUCUUUUUCAACUUUAAAUUAUCACCACUACUCUAGAAGCGUAAGAUUUCGGUACGAACUCUCUCAGCUAUGAAUGCUGUAACGAAUUUGCUUUUUUAAUAUUUAAUACCACAAUAAAGAAGCAUACAUAAUAAAUAUGUAAAAA